CUCCUCCUCCCUCCUGUUUGCAGUGCGCAUGCUCGGAACAGCCGCCAUCUUGGUACACCCGAAAGUGGGCGGUGCUGAGCUAUUAAAUAGGCGGUGAAAGCCCCAAACACGCGCAGUUGCUUGUGAUAGACCCGGUGGGUCUCUGCUCCGUUGUGUCCACCAUGGCUGGUUGGAACAAUCUCAGCACCAGGCAGAAGGUGGCGGUGGCCCUCGGCGUGUCUGCAGGUGCCGCGGUGCUCUGUGUCUGCUACGUCAAGUACCGCAGCAGGAGAGCGCUGGAAUCUCCAGAAUGCCCAGAGGACACCUGUGAGCUUCGAUUUAAGAUUUCCGAACAUGGGGUGAAGCGACUCACGGCAGAUGGAGAUGACAUCAUCGGUCAGUUCUCAAAACAGACGGGAGCUCGUAUUGAGCUGAGCCAACAUACGGACUCUGACGGGUUUCGGGAGCUGACGAUUAGAGGGAGCCCCGACCAGAUCCGCCAGACCAAAGAGCUGCUCGCGAGUGUCUUUAAUGAUGAUACCUUGAUACAGGUGGAGAUGCACCUACCUGACCGAUACGUGUGCCGGAUUAUAGGACCAGGAGGACAACAAAUCCAAGACAUAAGUAAAACUUCUGGGGCCAAAAUCCAGUGUGAGCGCCAGCCAGAGAACAGCUUGGGUCCAGCGAGGUGCAUCACCAUAACUGGAUCAUGGGGGCAAGUGGAGGCCGCCAAGAGCCUCAUCGAAAAAGUGAUGGCAGAAGACACUGCCGUUCCAUCCAACUUCCUUGUACAUAAGAAAGAGAAUAUCGCCAUAAAGAAGAAAGACGCACAGCCCCCCUCCGAAAAGAGCAUCCCACCAAACACGGACUGCUCCUCGGAGAGUUACCACACCGCCGAAUCUCCAGAGGAGACUCUGGCUGAGGACUUGGAGCCCCAAAAUAUCGCCAACACCACGUUCAAUAUAUACAAGUUUGAGGUUCCCAGUCCGGACUUCAACUUCCAAGCUGACGAGUAUGUGGACGUGAACGUGUCGGCCUUGGAGAACCCUGAACAUUUCUGGGUCCAGAUCCUCGGCUCCCGAUCCUCGCAGCUCGACAAACUGACCAUGGAGAUGAGUGACUUCUAUUCAAAGCAGAAGCGGGGGAUGUCGGAGAUCCAGGUCGGCGAUAUCGUGGCGGCUCAGUUCCGUAAUGACUUUUCCUGGUACAGGGCAGAGGUCCUGGGUGUCCUGGAGAAGGGCAGCGUGGAUUUAUACUACGUGGACUAUGGAGAUAACUGGCAGUGCCCCAAAGAGAACCUGUUCCCACUCCGGAGCGACUUUCUCAGUUUGCCGUUCCAGGCGGUGGAAUGCGCCCUCGCCAACGUUGCCCCAAAAGGUGGGCAGUGGUCGCACGAGGCGCUGAAUGCGUUUGAGUCCUUGACAUACUGCGCUAAAUGGAAACCUCUAUUGGCCAAGAUAGCCAGUUUCCCUUCACCUGGGAUCUCCCACUUCCAGAUUCACCUAUACGACCCGUCCGGGAACCCGAAGCUGGAUAUCGGACAGGAGCUCGUCAGUCGGGGACUCGCAGUGGAGUGCCGGAAGAGCCCUGUGAAGUCUGGCGAUGACAUGUUGGUAUCUAGACUAUUGGAGGAAGUCACCAGUCUGUCCAUGAUGCCAGAGCCCACCAGUUUGACGGAGCAACAGGAGGAGGAACAGCGUCUGGAGUCUGAUGAGUCUAUUGAAGUCAUGCGGGCUGAUAUGGAUCCAAGUCCGGACCUGCAGGAUACUGGUACCCCAUCCCCACUGCCACAUCUGGAGUGUACAGCCAAGCCAGACAGCUUGGAACAGAGCAUGUCCAAAAUCCUUCUGAGCAACAGCGACCACUCCACCUCCUCCAGCCAAUCAACUGCCCCUCCUGCAUCCUUGGCAGAGGACUCCUCUCCCGUAACCUCCGGGGACCACACUGACUCUUCCGGGACCUCUAGCGACCACUCCACCUCCUCCACCUGCACGGCCUCCGAAGGCCCCAGCCUCCUGUCCACCUCCUCCUUGGAUGAUAGCAGCAUCUACUCCCCCCGAGGCUGCUUCUACUACCUCACAGACGAGGUUUCCACAAGCUCCAUCUUUACUGCUUCCGCGGAGCUCAUCACGAUCAGCUCCGACAGCGAAGAGGAGAGCGAGAAAAGACGGGCGCCCGCCAACUCCGGUACAAAGCAUGAUGAUGAUGAUGAUGAUCUAUUGAAUUCUUCUAGCAAUGACGUCAUCGUGGUGGAAGAUGAUGCCUAG